GUGGAGAAGCGCAGCCGCAGGGAUGAGGAUCCGGCUGCAGGGUCCCGGCCACGCCGCCGGCCUCCUCGCCGAGCUCAACCGCUGCCGCCAAUCCCGCCGCUACUGCGACGUGUUCCUUCAAGUGGGAAACCGCACCUUCGCCGCACACCGAGCGGUGCUGGCGUGCUCCGGGACGUACUUCUGCACGCUGUUCGCCCGGGCGCCGACCUCGUCCACCGCCACCCUCUCGCUGGAGUUCGUCUCCCCGGCCAACUUCGAGAAGGUGCUGACGUUCGUCUACACGGGGGAGAUCCUGACCGACCUCAUCGACGUCGGGGUCCUGUACGAGCUGGCCGAGAGGCUCGGGGUCAGGGAGCUGGUCAGGGCCUGUCACGCCAUCUUCCCCGACCUGCAAGCGUCCGUGUCGUCGAACUGUAAACCCAGCAGUCCUGGAGACCUCGCUCUGGACCCGGCCGCUCCCACGGUGGCCGUCGUUAACGCGGCGGCGUCUGUGUCCGCGUCGUCUGUGUGUUCGUCAGCCGCCUCCUGCUCGUCUCUGUCUUCGUCCGCUGCCCCGACUCCUGCCGCCGCUCCCUCGCCUCUCUUCCAAGCCCGGGCGGUCAGGGCCGGCCGUGAGGUUCACUCCGCCGCUCUGACUGUGGACCUCAAAGCCGAGGAUGUUCAGUCUCAUAUCGGCUACGGGCGGAUGGCGUCGGAUCAUCAACUGCCAGGAGAACAUCUUUUAACCGGCAGCACCAGCUCCACUCAGAGUGACGCCCUGCUGCCUCCUGCUCCUGUGCUCCAGCUGAAGACGGAGCAGGGGCUGGAGGAGGAGGAGGAGGAGGAGGAGGAGGCAGGAGGCAGCUGUGAGCGAGGCAACAGAGACGGGCCGAUGGUUUCUGAGAGCUCAGGCGUCUCUCUGCCUCGGAGCAGCAACCCAGCACCCUCCGUUUCCUGCUCCUUCCCCGACUCCUCAGCUCAGCUCGUAGCGGAGGCCUGCGCCCCGACGUCGUCCUCGGGGGAGCCUCUGGGCGGCCUGCAGGUCAGGAUGGUGGAGCUGCAGAGGGACGGCGGGCUGAUGUUUAGGGAGGCGGAGGAUGGAGAGAGCGAGGAGCAGAGGGAGGCGGCUCUGCGAGGUAACGGAGCAGUGGAGGGAACGGAGGAGGAGCAGUGGAGACAGCUGGCGGGUGAGAUCAUCGAGCUGAGCGACGACGAGAACUUCAUGGAGGAGGCGGAUGAGGACGAGGAUGAGGACGACCUCGUGUGUGUGGAGAACGGAGACGGAGGCAACUCAAGCAGCCAGGUGACAAGAGACAUGCUGUCAUGUAAAGCCUGCGCGGUGCCUCUCCCUCCGGACCCGGCCGCCAUCAGACGACACGCAGACAGCCACCUGACGGAGCUGGGGCUCUGCAGGGUGUGCGGGGCCUCGUUCCCGGACCGUGCCGUCGGCGUCGCCCACUCGCUCUCCCACGUUGGGGUGCAGCUGUUCACCUGCGACAUGUGCCACCUGCAGUUCUGCAGCCAGAGCAAACUGCUGCGUCACCACCACCAGGAAUCGUCGGGUUACACAAUACCACAGGAGGCGCUCACCAGCGGCGGCGGCGGCCAGGGCCUGAGCUCCGAGCUGCAGUGUGCCGUGUGCACCAAAACCCUCAGCAAGGACUUCCAGACCGUCAAAGAUCACCUGCUGAACCACGUGUGUCCUCAGAGUCUGAGCUGUGGAGUGUGUCACCUCCCUCAGCUCUCCCUGUGCUCCCUGCUGUGGCACACCCUCUCCCACCUCUCACUGCCCGUCUUCACCUGCCCGCACUGCGGCCGCUGCUUCGUAGAGCGUCUCCUCCUGGACAGACACAUGACUGCACAUGCGGAGGAGGCCGCAGCCAAGGAGAGGGAGCGAUUGGUGCUGAGGACUUACAGAGUCAGGGAGGAUGAAGUCGGGGCGGGAGGCAUGGCGGGCGUGGAGGAGCUGCACUGCUUCCUCUGCCCGCAGACUUUCCGCUCAGCGUCUGCUUUCCAGUAUCACCUCAGCGUGCACACCAACGAGUCCCCGGGGAGCGGUGGAGGUGCAGGGAGCCAAAGCUGGUUGGGCAAACGUAAAGCGGAGCAGUCUCUGGACUGUCCUCCAUCUUCCUGCUCCGCCUCUUCUCCACGGGACGUCAGUGGCCUCGUUAAAGUGAGCAACCUGGGUUUGGGCCUGGGAAUGGGCUUCAGCAUGCCAGACAAGUAUUUUCAGGCGCCAGUCCAUAGCUUGUCCUCUGGGCUCCUGCCCAACGGGAUCUCGGGGCAGGACGGAGGAGUCGGAGCGGCGGCGGUUCGGGGGAAAUGGUACCGGUGCCGAUACUGCGGGAAACGGUUCGCCCACUCGGGGGAGUUCACCUACCACCUCCGCAUCCACACCGGUGAAAAGCCCUACCAGUGCAAAGUGUGUCUGCGUUUCUUCAGAGGCCGCUCCACCAUGAUCUGCCACCUGAAGACACACGCCGGCGCUCUCAUGUACCGCUGCACCGUCUGCGGCCUUUACUUCUCCACACUGAAGCUGGUGUCGUCACACAUGGAGCUGCACAAGGACCACCUGCCGCCGGACUUCAACAUCGAGCAGACCUUCAUGUACAAUGAUCACUCGAAGGAACCGCUGCCCACUGUGGACACCUGAUCGGCUCGGUGUCGGCCGGGUGCGUCCGUCCUCGUCCCUUGUCCCUCUGACACUGACCCUGUGUCUGGUUGCCGUGGACCACAUACUGCAGAUUACAGUAACUAAUCAUGAUUUCUUAGAUAAAAUCUCAAUAGCUCGUGAGAAUAUCUGUCACAGCUGUUCAGGGCUCGAUGAGGCAUCUUAAAAAUGUCAGAAGUCUGAAACCCACAAAUAUAAAUAAAUAUUGAAAAUAUUUGGAAUUUCUGCUUAGACAUAGAAUGUAGUGGACAUGUGCUGCUCACUGGACAACCUGUUCGAGGUCCAGUGUCUCAAACAGCCACUUGGUGGCAGCGUGUCCUGCGUGUCAGUGAAAGAACGUACGUCUGUGUUGACUGUGCUGCAGUCGUCUUCUGAUGUUAAAUCCAAACACGUCUGUGUCUUUAUAUCAGGACCAGUUUGUGAUGUCAGUGAUGGAUAGUUCAUUAUUAAAGUAGCGACUCGUUGUAGCACAGAAAUUAUUUUCCUAUAAUAUAUUCACAGUUUCACACACAGAUUUUUUUAAUCUUUUAAAGUUUCAUGUUUUCACUUCACAGAGCAAAAACUUACAACCCAGAGAAUUGAAUCUGUCGUUGGAACAUGUUUGUUUGUUUUGAUGCUGAUUAUAAUCAGAUCUUUAUCAAUCAGGAAAUGACAUUUAGUCACGUGUUGUAUUCACGUGUGUGUGUUCCGUGUUGUGGAUAUUUAAGUGCCCAUCACACGAUAUUUGUGUCUUACCUCAUAUUUAUGAUGACAGUGCUAUUUUUUUUAAUGUUUUUCUUUUAUAAUAAAUGCCUGUAGGACUGUUGCUCCCCUUUAAAUGAUUUGUUUUGACCUGUUCCGAUGCCCCGCGACACAAAAAAACACCCAUCAUCAGAAUUUCAGUGAUUAACUUGCAGAAAUCUAGAAUUGUGAACCUCCUGUUUCCAGGGGCCCGUGACCUUUGCCCUUUUCAAAGCCUGUUUCUCUUCCUGCCAUUGUGCCGUCCGUGGACCCUUUUCCUCUGCCUGCCUUCUUAUCGUUCAAAACGUUGAAUGUGACACAUUCCAGAUGGAAACAGAAAUGGAAGUAAAUGUAAUCAGAGAACAGCAAACUCAGUAAAAUAAACACGUAAA